GUGAUGCAUGCACACAUUUGAUAUCUCUAUCGGUUGAGAAGGCAUUGAAGCUUAAAGGUCGUGCCGGUUCGAAACGACAGCAUGUGCAUGGUUGUAGUCUUGUCCGGGCAAAGAAAUUUUAUGGUUAUCACUUGUCAGAGGAGCUUUUUGCGAAGAUAUACCUCUAUUACCCACAUGAUGUCUCUCGUGCUGCGAAUCUUCUUCUGGGAGGUGCAGUUCUGGAUAGGAGUUUACAGCCCCAUGAAUCACAUAUUCCCUUUCUUCUCCAGUUCCUGGUUGACUAUAAUUUGUAUGGGAUGGGUCAUCUGCAUGUAUCAAAGAUGAAAUUUCGGCAUCCAGUACCAAAUGCUGUUGCCCGGAGGAAGGAUAGUUACAAUGGACAUGGACCACGGACAGAUAACCCCAAUUUUAUGUCUGCUGACUUUCAGGCAGAUUCAAGUGGUGAUGCAUCUUCACGUUCACCAAUUUGGAUCUCCUCAACGAUUCCAGAUGGCUGGAUGUGGGAAUUUUCUAGUCAACUUGAUUCUUCAUCCUGUCAGGACUUUCACCUUGUUAAACGUCAAUGUACCUGUGAACUUGAGGGGGACGCUACUGUAGAUGAGAUACUUAAUCAGCAGUUUAAAAUGUACUCAUCACUAUCUCAAACCUCUUCAGACGUGAAAAUGGUUCAGUCACUAAUACCAAUUUGGGAGGAGGAGUAUGAAAGGACUGGGAUUCAUGAGGUAGCAUUACUCUCUGAUCCUGGAAAACCACUUCCAAAAGAUGUCUUGAGGACUCUCUCACAUGGGCUUGAAUUUGAGAAUAAACUUAUGGAAUUGUGUCAUGAAGCAAAUAAUGAUUCAUCUUGCAUUCGAUUUGAGAAAGAUGUGAUAUAUGCAGAGCCAGUGAAACCUUCAACCAUUAAGGGAAAUAUUGUUGAAUUUGGACUUUGUGACCCAAAAGAAGAUGGUGGAGAAGUUUUGAAAUGUUUGAAUGUAGGUGAUGAAACAACAAUUAUGUUGCCACACGGUAUGCCAUGUGAAGAUGACAAUGUCAUAAUACCUGGAGAGGGAACAGCUGUACAUCCCAGAAAAUUGCUUGUUGAUGACAUGCAAACAUCUCAAACAAUUGGAAGUUCAGAUGUGAAGGUUGUGGAUAAGGAAGCAUUGGGGAUUCUACGUUGGCUUGCCUCCUCUCAGGCUGCAGAAGAUGUAAACUCUGAUGAUGAGCUUGUUUGCGAAACCAUUUUGUCUCCUUUGUUGCCCGCAACAACCAUUGAUAAGGUGUUGGAAAAAGCUAAUAUGGAUUUUGAGAGUGAGUCCCAACAAGAGUGUCAAGACAUUCUUGAUUCUGUAGAGGGUUUAAUUAACUAUGAAGUCUUGAAGGAAGGAGCUUCUUCCACUAAUUAUUUAAACCAAUCUUUGUCAGAAAAAACUAUUCCCCAAGUGGAUGGGUCUGCUGACGAUCACGAUUCAAUUCCUAAUGCUGGCAGGUCAUCUAAAACAGAAGUGUACAAUGAAAUUGAGAGGUCUCCUCAUGACAAUGUUCAGCAAGAAACUGGCUCAAGCUUUAACAGUAAGAGCAAAAGGAACAAACCAUUAUGGGGUUCUUUACCUUUUUCCUCAACCCAAAAGGUAAAUGAUGACCUUGAAUUUCUUAGUAGAUGCUGUAGUGAAACUAAAGAAGGUAAGCUUACAAGUCCUAGAGUGGGUAAUGAGGUGGAUACCGACGUUUAUGACUUGAAGGAAGAAAGUACACUAGUUGGUUGCUCUGUGCGUGACUUGAUGAGGAGAAAGCGAUGCUACCGAUUUGAGCCUUCUGAAUCUGAGAGUCGAAGGGUCAGAAAGGCUUCUUUUGAAGAGGAACAGCACUACCCAAAAUUGUUAGAGGUUUAUGCAGUACAGAAUGAUGAGCAAGACAAAAGGCCUCAAGAGUUUGCCAACUCUGAGCCUCCACUAAUUGGUGUUGAUUCUAUAGAACCUGUGAUUUCUGAGGUAUGUAUUGGAAAAGCUGAUUCGUGCAUCCAGAUGAGGAAGUUAAAUACUGAUGAGAAACUACUAGUCAAUGAGAGAUUGCAGCUAAGAGACCGCACUGGUGCAAGCUGUUUGUCGGCUUCUCCUGUUCGAAGUGAAAUUCUAGGGAUAGAUGAUUGUGUCUGUAAGAAUGGCCAUGAGGGAAAAGCCUUUAGGGUAUCUGAAAUGUCUUCAGCAAAUGUUGUUGGUGUGGAGGCCACAACUGGCUCAACCAUUUUGCAGUUAGAGAAUUGUGGUAGUGUACAACAUGGAAAAGCUACUGAUUUAUCUUGGCCUGUCAGUUUGGUUUCCUCUGCAAUCAGCUUCGAAGCAAAUCCAGGGGAACUUAUUGGCAUGACCUUUCAUAAGAAACCUCCAGUGGUGGACUGGAUUGUUGGGGCAUCAGAAAAUGCUUUGUCAUCCUUCAAUAUUGACCAACACAUUUCUCUUGUUGGAGGAGAAAGUUAUGGAGGAAUAUCAGUUCAGACAAAACGUGUGGACGAAGUCCUCCCAUUUUUUGGGGGGGACUGCUUGAAAGACGCAGACAUUCAGAAAAUCUCCAGAAAUGAUGACUUAGAUCAUCACCAGGGUGGCAUGGGUGUCCCUACCCACUAUCAAAAUGAUGGCUCUUACUUAUACAUGUUGACACCUGUGUUUUCACCGCCAUCUGCAGAUAGUGUUUCCAGAUGGAUAUUGCAGAAUGACUCGGGAAAAAACCCUAAUGCUGCCUCAGUGGAGCCACCAUCUCCAAAAGGCUUCUCUGACAGUCAGAUUAGUUCCCAAGGUUCUUUGGUAGAUAGCUGCAAAAAGCUUUUGCCAGAAUUUGAUUCAGUAUCUGGAGUGGAGCCUAUCCUAGAUCAACUGAAACAACAAUCCCAUGGAGAUAUAACUGAUGAAAUGAAUCCUUUCAGUAAGGGUCAGGAGGUGAGAUCAGUAUAUAAGAGCGAAGGUAAUAUCAUGAAAGGAAAAAAAUGCUCUGAUUGCUCGAUGGAUGUCUCUCAGAUUUCUGGCCCAGAUGGGAAAUCGAAGCCCACUCCUCUAAGUCAAAUUGGAUUCCGGGAUCCAGCAAGUUUUGGCGGGGGUCAGCAGCUAACAUUGUUAAGUAUAGAGGUUCAAGCAGAAUCUAGAGGAGAGUUACGACCUGACCCCCGAUUUGAUGCCAUCAAUGUCAUAGUACUUGCUUUUCAGGAAGAUAAUGAUUGCAGCCUAGAUUUUUAUGUUCUUUUGCGAAGCAACACUGAAUAUAAUCAAAGUAAUUUUGAUGGAAUAUCAGGUUGCAAAAUGUUUGCUUCUUCAGAAGAGAAGAACUUAUUCAGCCACUUCAUGAAUAUCAUUUGUUCUACUGAUCCAGAUAUAUUAAUGGGUUGGGAUAUUCAGGGCAGUUCCCUUGGCUAUCUGGCUGAAAGAGCUCUACAUCUUGGCAUCAGUUUGCUUAAUGGCAUAUCUCGGACACCAACUGAAAUCAAGGUUGCUACUAGAGAUUCAGCUUUAUCUGACAGAGGAAUAUUAGAUAAUGUGCUUCCAGAACCUUUGGUUUCUGAUCCUAUCCAACAUGAAGAUGCAAUAAUCGAGGAUGAAUGGGGACGGACUCAUGCUAGUGGUCUCCAUGUUGGUGGUAGGGUUGUCCUCAAUAUUUGGCGCCUGAUGCGUAGUGAACUUAAACUUAAUAUGUACACGGUUGAAGCUGUAGCUGAGGCUGUUCUGAGGCGAAAAGUUCCAUCUAUUCAAUCUAAAGUAUUAGCAAGAUGGUUUUCGAGUGGUCCAGGGGGAGCAAGAUACCGAUGUAUUGAAUAUGUAGUAGACAGAGCAAAGCUAAAUUUUGAGAUAAUGAAUCAACUUGACAUGAUAAACCGAACGUCAGAACUUGCCCGUGUCUUUGGCAUUGACUUUUUCUCUGUUCUUUCUCGAGGUUCACAGUAUCGUGUUGAAUCUAUGUUACUGAGAUUGGCGCACACACAAAAUUAUGUUGCCAUUUCUCCUGGGAACCAACAGGUCGCGUCUCAACCUGCAAUGAAAUGCUUGCCUCUUGUAAUGGAGCCGGAAUCUGGUUUUUAUUCAGAUCCAGUUGUUGUUUUGGAUUUUCAGUCCCUUUAUCCAUCAAUGAUAAUUGCGUACAACCUCUGCUUCUGUACGUGCCUUGGAAAUGUAAUGCCUUCAAAGGAAAAUACACUUGGUGUUAGUUCUUUUUCACCAGAUCUACAUUUUCUACAAGAUAUAAAGCAUGAAAUUUUGCUUACUCCAAAUGGUGUUAUGUAUGUGCCUACAAAG